CUGUUUUAGUGGCAAACUGUGUCAGCGAUAGACUAAAAACUUUACACUGUUGGUUAGCCUCAUAGCUACAAAAUGAAUAGGACAUUGUUAGCCGUUGGACAGCUUCUGUCACUGAGACGUAGUGUGAGUUAUUCUGCUGUGCGCUGUCAGGUGAUAACCAACCCGAAGGAAAUUGCCAGACUCUACAAAGAGCUCAGCCUCUAUCCCUCUUUGACCAGAGCAGAUGUGGGACCCGUCAUCACUUCUCAGUAUGGAGGCAAAUACAGCAACAUCUACACAGAAUGGAGCCAGCGGGAUCUGGAGAGGAACGAGACUGUCAAGUUUUGCAGGCAGUACAUUGUAUUUCAUGAUGACAAGUCAGUGGUCUACUCUGGAGCCUCAGGAAAUUGCACUGAGAUCAAAGGAGAGGUGCUAAGUAAAGAUUCUCCUUCUGGUGAAAUGAAGGCAGUCGUCAGAGAAUGCACAGUCCAAGGAAAGGAUAAACAGUUUCUGGAGAUCUGGAGUAAAAACAUCAAGAUGAAGAGCAUCGAUCUGACAGCCUUAAAGAAGCAUGGAAAAGUAUAUGAAGAUGACCAGUUUGGCUGCUUGGUGUGGUCUCACUCUGAGACCCACCUCUUGUAUGUGGCAGAGAAAAAGAGACCAACAGCAGAAUCUUUCUUCCAGACUGAGUCACCAGAGUUGUCUUAUGUUGGAGAUGAGGAUGAGACUUUGAGAGCUGAGAAGAAGGACGCUGUAAAAGGGGAGCAGUUUGUCUUCCAUGAGGACUGGGGAGAGGCUUUGGUUAGUAAGAGCUGUCCCGUGCUUUGUGUUUUGGACAUUGAAGGAAACAAUGUUUCUGUGUUGGAAGGAGUGCCUGAAGAUAUCUCACCAGGACAGGCAUUUUGGGCUCCAGGUGACACAGGUGUGGUAUUUGUAGGCUGGUGGCAUGAGCCUUUCAGACUUGGCCUCAAGUACUGCCCCAACAGGAGGUCAUCUUUGUUUUACGUGGAUCUUACUGGUGGGAAUUGUGAGCAGCUUUCAUCAGGCACCAGUGCAGUGUUCUCUCCCAGGCUGAGCCCGGACCAGUGUCGGAUUGUCUACCUGGAAUGUUCUGUAUAUGGACCACACUUCCAGUGCAACAGGCUUUGUAUGUAUGACUGGUAUACUAAGAAGACAUCAGUGGUAGUGGAUGUGGUGAAGCGACCUGGAGAGGAUGGCUUUAAUGGUAUCUAUGGUGCUCAGUUGUCCCCUCGGUGUUGGUCAGCUGACAGUCAGCGUAUCAUUAUUUCUUGUCCCCAGCGCAGCCUCCAGAAACUCUUGAUGGUGGAUAUAAGCACAGGGAGCAUCACCUCUCUGACUACAAAGUCUGAGGUUGGUAACUGGUGUCUGCUGAACAUAGAGAGAGAUCUGAUGGUGGUGAGCUGCUCUUCUCCCAGCAGCCCUCCAAGUCUGAGAGUGGGUUUCCUUCCAGGCAGGGAGUCUGAGGAGGAUGUAGUCUGGGUCACUCUGGAAGACUCUCAGACGUUGCCAGAAAUCGACUGGAAGAUUGUCAGUUUCACCCCUCCCCCAGAGCAAGACAACAGUCAAUAUUCGGGCCUUGAUUUUGAAGCUUUGUUGAUCAAACCAAAGGAGGUUAAGGAUGAAGUGAAGCUGCCUCUUAUCGUCAUUCCUCAUGGUGGCCCUCACUCAGUGUCUGUAGCAGAGUGGCUUCUGUCCUCGGCUGUGCUGUGCAGGAUGGGCUUUGCUAUAUUACUGGUGAACUAUCGUGGCUCUCUUGGAUACGGCCAGGACAGUAUCCUCUCAUUAUUGGGCAAUGUUGGCAGCCAGGAUGUCAAAGACGUUCAAUUUGCAGUUGAAAGUGUCCUGAAAAGUGGUGACUUUGACAUGCACAAAGUGGCAGUUUGUGGAGGCUCCCACGGUGGUUUCCUGGCUUGUCAUCUGAUUGGCCAGUACCCAGGGUUCUACAAGGCCUGCGUGGCUCGCAACCCUGUCAUCAACUUGGCCUCCAUGAUUGGCAGCACAGACAUCCCAGACUGGUGCAUGGUUGAGGCUGGCUAUAACUACAGUACAGACUGUCUGCCUGAAACUGCUGUUUGGGAACAGAUGUUGAUUAAGUCCCCCAUUAAGCAUGUUGCACAGGUCCAGACACCAGUUCUACUGACCAUAGGAGAAGAUGACAGGCGUGUACCUAGCAAGCAGGGAAUCGAAUAUUACAGAGCACUGAAAGCAAAGCAGAUUCCAGUUCGGUUACUGUGGUACCCAGGGAACAACCACUCUCUUUCCAAGGUGGAUGCUGAAUCAGACGGCUUUAUGAAUAUCGCUCUGUGGAUAAUUCAACACCUGAGUCAGUGAUGAUAAAUUUCAGACACUAUAUAAUGAUAAUGCUGUUGUUGCUCCCAGGAAAGGAUAGCAAGACACUUACACGCUGUGCAGGUGAUAAUAUGUUCCUGUUUCAAGGUCAGUGUGAGGUGCAAGCCAAAGCCAAAGCAUUAAAAGUGCUCUCCAACAAGAACACACUUUGUCUGAAUUCAGCUUCUUUCUUUUUUGUAAUCUUUCUGUGAGUAUGGUGAUUUCCACUGGAUGUUCAAUAGGGGCUAAUGUUAACAAAACACUUGAAUAAAAACAGUUGAUUCAAAUGAAAGACUUUUUAUUGAUUGUUAUUAUUUUGUGUAAUCUUUACAUGCAGAAAGUGAGGGGCUUUACACUUUCUGGUUUUGUUUGAAGUUAUAUAGGCAACUAAUUUCAUAUUCAGGCUUUUUAAAAUUGGUGCUCUUUUGAUUUUG